AUGGCGAGCUCUGUCAAGAAGGACGAAAUUGUCUCCUUGGAACUGCCUGCUCCAGCUAGUUGGAAGAAAAAGCUGCAUUGGAACUCUCCUCAACUGAAAGAGUUUCAUACUUUCAUCCUUAUAGCUGACACUGAAUAUUGUGAUGAACUGUUCAUGCCCAAGAAAGGAGGGACCCCGAAGAAGAAUGAGAUCAUAUUCACCGCUCCAACCGGGGAGGAGAUCACUAACAAAAGACAGUUGGAACAGUACCUGAAAUCACACCCUGGUGGUCCUGCAAUAUCGGAGUUUGACUGGGGAACAGGUGAUACACCUAGGAGAUCAGCAAGGAUAAGUGAGAAGGCAAAGACGACUCCACCACCAGAAAGUGAACCCCCAAAGAAGAAACGAAGCAUAAAACCUUCACCUUCAAAGAAGGAUGACAAAGAGAAAGAAGUUGUACCUAAAGAAACUGAGGUGAAAGAAAUCCACAUGCAGGAAGCUGAGAAAACUGAGGAGAAUGCAACUGCAGAUAUUGAGAAGGAUGAUGUGAAGGAGAGUCAAUAUGACAGGAAAGAUGAAGCUCAAGACAGAGAAGGAAAAGUAGUAUAUGCUCCUUCCCAAGAAGCAAAGCUUGGGAAAGAUGUCAAAAUACUUGAUGAUGCUAAGGAAAGUGAAAAGCAUGCAGAUACAGAAGCAGGAAAUUCAAAAGAGGCCCAAAUUGAGAAAGUAGCUGAUGGUUCUGGGAAUGGGAGAGUUGAGGAAAAAGUGGAGCAAAUACCUGUUGAAACAGUGAAAGCGGAUGGCAGUGGAGAACAGGAGAAACAGGAUGCUGCUGCGGAGGAAAAGAAAUACAAAGUGGAAGGAGAGGUGAACCAGGAAGGCAAGAGUAUCCCAGUGGACAAUAGCAGUGUGCAACAAAAUAUUCCGGACAAGAAUGGCAGCCACGUCGAGGUCAGUGGGGCCAAACCUUGA